UUAAAAAAUAAAAAUCCAACUAAAUUUGGUAUUCUCAAUCUGCCACUUGUAAUUCUCUGGUUCUGGAGAGAGUUUUGUUUUUGCUAAAAAAAAAUUGCAGCAUUGCAAAACAGAACAUCUCAAAUUCCCCUUUUAAAAAUCCAGUUUCAAAGUGCGGAUAUGGUGAGGAUGCUUUGGCAUAUUUGAGAAUUAAGGUUUCCUGGGGAGAUGGGCAGGAACUCAUAAUAGUUCUUUGAGAGGACAUGAUGUCAGGUGUUCUCUGUGGGUGGGGUAGAAACCAAGGUCAGGAUGGCAUAACUGUGGGUAGAAGAGCCUGGCAUGCUUUAGGCAUAGGGAGUGAGGUCUGAGUUCAGAAAUCUACACCAGGGAGUGUUGACAGCAACAGUAAAGAGGUUCUCCAGGGAUGUCAUCCAUUUAGCUAUAGAUAGCAAACCUAAAGCUCCUUAGAGAGAAGCCUCUUACCAGCCACUUUCCACAAAUGGCACAUGCACCUAAAGGUACUUAGUGAAAAUCCUUGAGAGGUAUUUAAUGCUAAAUCAGUCAGUCUCCCUACCAUUUCUCUAGCCUUUACCUACACCCAGGCAGUGGAGCCAGGGAAGCAGUAAUAGGGCAGCUGCCGCAAGGCUACACAGUGUUUUUGCCCCAGUGAGGCUCUGCCACCCUAAUAGAUCAUCAAGAUGUGUGACAUGGGGGGGCUGGAUAACCUGAUCGCCAACACAGCAUAUCUGCAGGCCAGGAAAAGUGGAGAUGCGGAGGCCAAGGAGAUGCAAAAAAGGCGUAAGAUCCUUGCUCUGCCCAAGACUGAGGAAUGUGCCGAGGUCAAGCAGUCAAUUACUGUGGAGUAUGAGAACAUUUGUGAGAAACAGCCCAUUGGCAAGAGCUUUUUCUGGGAAUUUCUGGAGAAUAUGCCUGAAUAUCUGUUGGCUAGGGAGUUCUUGGAUGAAGUGUCUACUUGGGAGCUGGCAGAAGAGAACAUCAAGGCCAGCCUCCUAGAAGGCAUAGUCAACAUGUAUCUGAAGAAUGGCAGCAAUAGUUACCUGCAAAUUCUCAGUGCAGACCUAGCCAACAAGUGCCAAUCAGCCCCUAAGGAUGAUUUUGAAAAAGUCACACAGUUGGCCAGGGAAGAGACAAUCACCUAUCUUCAAGGAAAACCCUUUGAGGACUUCCAAACUAGCCCAUUCUAUGAGAAGUUCUUGCAAUGGAAAGCCUUUGAGCGGCAACCUAUAAAUGAGAAGCUCUUUGAUGAGUUCCGAGUGCUAGGCAAAGGAGGUUUUGGAGAGGUUUGCGCCAUUCAGGUGAGGAACACUGGCAAGAUGUAUGCGUGCAAGAAACUGGACAAAAAAAGACUGAAGAAAAAAGGUGGGGAAAAGAUGGCUCUGUUAGAGAAGGAGAUCCUUGAGAAAGUCAACAGUCGUUUCAUUGUCACAUUGGCCUAUGCUUAUCAGAGCAUAACCUCCCUGUGUCUUGUCAUGAGCCUUAUGAAUGGCGGGGAUCUUAAAUAUCACAUUUACAAUGUGGGUGAAAGAGGUUUGGAAAUGGAUAGGAUCACCUUCUACUCAGCUCAGAUCACCUGUGGGAUGCUGCACCUUCACUCCAUCAAAAUUGUCUACAGGGACAUGAAGCCUGAAAAUGUCCUCCUGGAUGAUAAUGGCCACUGCCGAUUGUCUGAUCUUGGCAUGGCAGUGGAAGUCAGGGAGGACACACCCAUCACCCAGAGGGCUGGAACUAAUGGCUACAUGGCUCCCGAAAUCCUAAAGGAAGAGAAUUACUGGUACCCUGUGGACUGGUUUGCUAUGGGAUGCAGCAUUUAUGAGAUGGUUGCUGGUCGAACUCCUUUCAAGGAUUUCAAAGAGAAGGUCAAUAAAGAUGAAUUUAAAAGAAGAACCUUAGAAGACGAGGUGACGUUUGAGCAUGCUAACUUUGAUGAGCCAACAAAAGAUAUCUGUAAACUGUUCUUGGCAAAGAAGCCAGAAGAUCGUUUGGGAAGCAGGAGCAAUGAGGAUGAUCCCAGGAAGCAUCCUUUCUUCAAGUCAAUAAACUUCCAUAGGCUGGAGGCAGGCCUUAUAGAUCCUCCCUUUGUGCCAGAUACAUCUGUUGUCUAUGCCAAAGAUGUUGCGGACAUUGCCGACUUCUCUGAAGUCCGGGGGAUUGAGUUUGAUGACAAUGACAAUAAAUUCUUUAAACAAUUUGCAACAGGUGCUAUCCCGAUACCUUGGCAGGAAGAAGUUAUUGAAACCGGACUGUUUGCAGAACUGAAUGAUCCCAACAGAGUACUUGGAGUUGACUCGAAAUCUGGAGUUUGUUUGUUGUUAUAA